UCUCUGAGUUACCAGCACACAGACUCACAAGUUGUUUCACUAGCAGGAGAAAUUCCAAACACUUCAGUUGAGUCUUAAAAUUGCUCUAGAUGAAGGAGAAAGCCUUCGUCAAAAGAAGAACGUUCUGACUGACAGGUCAACUUCAGAAUAAAGCCAAGCCUCAACCACAACAAUUUCCACAACCAGAAGAAAUGACCACUGGGAGACCUUCCAACCUAAUCAAACAUGCAGGGCAGACAAACAUUCCUUCCCUUGAAAACAGAAGUGAUUUCUCCUUAAAUACCACUGACUGCACCCCAGUCGUGGUUCCAGAGGAAGUUUUUUUCACUGUUGCUGCUGCAGGAAUACUAGAAAAUCUUCUUGUCCUUAUUGCUGUUGUUAGAAAUAAGAAAUUGCAUUUGCCCAUGUACUUCUUCAUUUGCAGUUUAGCUAUUUCAGAUAUGUUAGGUAGCUUGUAUAAAACUCUGGAGAACAUCUUUAUCAUCUUGUGCAAAAUGGGGUACCUGACACGUCGUGGGGACUUUGAGAAAAAGCUGGAUGAUGCCAUGGAUUCCAUGUUCAUUCUGUCUUUACUGGGGUCAAUUUUCAGCUUGUUAGCUAUUGCAGCAGACAGAUACAUUACUAUCUUCUAUGCUUUACGGUACCAUAAUAUCAUGACACUAAGAAGGGCCUUGGUUAUCUUGGCAAUCAUUUGGACGUUCUGUGCUGGCAGUAGCAUUGCCAUUGCCCUCUUCUCCUAUGAAGCAGCAACAGUCAUUCCCUUCACCAUCCUGUUCCCUUUAAUGAUGUUUUUUAUACUGUGUCUCUAUGUCCAUAUGUUCCUGCUGGCUCGAUCUCACGCUAAAAAGAUCGCCUCACUGCCGACCAGCACAGUCCAUCAGAGAACUAACAUGAAAGGAGCCAUUACACUGACUAUUUUUCUUGGAGUUUUCCUUUGCUGCUGGGCCCCAUUUGUUCUUCACAUCCUCUUAGCAAGAUUUUGCCCACAUAACCCUUACUGUGCCUGCUACAUGUCCAUUUUCCAUGUGAAUGGGACACUCAUAAUGUGCAAUGCGAUCAUCGACCCCAUGAUUUUUGCCUUCCGAAGCCCAGAAUUACAGAGUACAUUUAAGAAGAUGUUCUGCUGUGCCAGGUCAAACCGGAACUGGUAAACUCCAUGAGAAGAUUAAAGAAGCAUACCUGUGGAGUGCUCAGCAACAUCAGAGUUAAAAAUACCAAAAAUUAUACCCAAAGUAAUACUAUGCUCGCAGGAUACUUCAUGUGAUUUUAGGGCUACUGAAGAAUGCAUAAAAACAAAGUAUGCAAACAAAUCUUUACCAGCCAGAACUCCAGAAUUAUUGCUGACUAAGUUAAUUCUGCCAACAAUUUUCAUGCAAGUAAAAAAAUAACUCUAUCAACUAUCUUGCAGCAUUUUAGAAAAAUUCAAAUAUAAAUCUUCUG